GCUUGAUAACAGCCACGAUGAAAUCUACGGUUGACGUCGCAUCUCCGGAAAAAGUGAUGUCUGAUGAGAAGAGGAGCGUGGAGGACGAGCCUGCAGAAGUCUCUCCAGGGCCUGCAGUGAAGUGGUGGCGCAUCCGCCCGACGGUGGAGCCGCUGGUGGUGCUCUUCAUGUUCUCGUACGUGACGACACACUCGGUGGUCAGCGGGCUCUUCCUGGAACGCGUGUGCGGUUCCAGCGACCCCGACGUGUGCACCAACGAGCACCGCGCCUACUCCAGCACGCUCACCACCUGGAAAGGCAUCAUCGAGGCAGUCGUGCCAGCCGCUGUGUCACUCUUCAUCGGCAGCUGGAGCGACAAGUUUGGACGGCGUCCCAUCUUCAUCUGGUCCUUUGCUGGAAACGCCAUCAGCUAUGGCUUGUUCUCUGGGCUGUCUGCGAUUCCAGACCUAGCGGCAGAGUGGUUGCUGAUGCCGUCCAUAGUGGCCACCUUCAGUGGCGGCAUGAUGAACCUCAUGGCUGUUGCCAACGUCUACAUUGCUGACGUCAGCCCUGUGGGGCAGAAGGAGCUCAGACUGGGCAUCCUGGACGCCUCGAUGUACUUGGCCCAGAUGGUGGCGUCAGGGCUGUCCUCGCCGCUGUACUCGGCCCUCAACUACCACGGGAUGUUCGCGCUGGCCGCCGGCCUCAUGCUGCUGUGUCUGCUCUACUCCAUCUUCCUGCUGUCGGAGACCACUGCGCCCUACACGCCGCCGCAAGACGAGAGCUGUGGCUGCUGCAAGGGGAUCUUCCGCCCCCAGCUGGUGCGCGACGCGCUCAAGACGUCCCUGAUGAAGCGGCCUCACCACGGGCGCUCAGCCAUCCUCAUCGUCAUCUUCGUGGUCGUCACUGGUGUCCUCAUCUCCCAAGGAGAAGGCAUAGCCAACUACCAGUUCGUGAACGCCAAAUUCCAUUGGACGAUAGACCAGAACCUUCUGUAUGGAUUCUUCAACAAUGGCACCACUGCUGUAGGUACCUUGGUGGGCGUGAUGGUGUUCGUGCGGUGGCUCAAGUUGGGCGACGGCUGGAUAGCCCUCAUCACCUUCUCCUGCAAGAUCACUGCCUCCAUAAUUUUUGCCAUAUCACCGGAGUCCUGGUUUAUGUUUCUGGGCGGAGCCAUCAGUUGCUUCGGAGCCUUGAUCUGGGUUCUGGCCAGGGCGAUGCUGACGAGGCUGGUCACCAAGGACGAGAUAGGCCAGGUGUUCGCGCUGGCGGUCACCCUGGAGGCGUUGACGCCUCUGGCGGGGCCUCCCAUCUACAACGCCGUCUUCAAGGCGACCAUCGAUUACUUCCCUGGAGCCUUCCACCUUUUGUCCGCGGGGAUCAUGGCACUCGACCUCGCUGUGCUGCUGUUUGCUGUUUACCUGAAUCGCGGAGCGAAGGAGGAGGGGCAGCAGCGGCGGGAAGAGGAGGCGACCCUGUCGCCCGCGUGAUGAUCGCGGCCUGCUGCCUGCGACCUCCCCUUGAAUCUCGCGCCCUGUUCCUGUCCGGGGCACUCACAGCAGGCUUUCGUGGUUGCUAGGAGACCACAGCUGGGACGACCGUGCUUGCUGUGCAGUGACGCUGCUGGGCCGGCUUACAGAUGGCUGCCCGAGUGCGACGUGGCAGAGCCAUAACCUCUCUUUCGUUCUGUUGCGUCACAGCCUAACACUCAUUUAUUCACUGAACGUUUCAGUUUAUGAAUGUGUGUAUAACUAUAAUUUCUUGUACAUAUAUUCAUAAGUGUACGUAUAUUUAUUUCUUUUGAUACAAUUAUUAUUCAGUACAAAUGGAUUUCACUUAAAUCUUUAAACUCAUUUUAAGACCGACUAGUUAUUUAUUACAUAAA